UUUCAGAUAGUAUGCAUAAUUUUACUUGCUUGUCCGGAAAACAAUGGCCCCUGGUCUUUCUUUCACCUUCCUUCUGAUACACUUGUCUUCUUCUUUCUUCAGAAGUUCAACUGCAGCAGCAGCUGGUAGCUUCUUGGUUUACAAAAAUGGCAGCUUUGAGAUUGGUUCUUUCAGUUCCCAAGAUACUGUUUCUCAUAAGAGUCUUCUAGCAUCAACUCCUCAGGGAGAUAUAUGUGACAGUGAAGGUAGAUGUGGCCCCAAUGGACUGUGUGCCAUUAGUGACUCGCCAGUUUGCAGCUGCUUAAAGGGAUACAAGCCCAAAGAAGAAGAGAACUGGAGCUUUGGGAAAAACUCGGAUGGUUGUGUGCGUGUUACUCCAUUGAUGUGCCCAAAAAAGGAUGAUGGGUUUGUAAAAUAUGACGGGGUCAAAGUACCGGCGAGCACAAACUCUAGGGUGAACCGGAGUAUGAGUCUCGACGAAUGCAAGGAGAAAUGCUUUAACAACUGUUCUUGUAUGGCUUAUGCAAGCUCUGAUGUCAAUGUCUGCAUCAUCUGGUUUGGUGAUCUUCUGAACAUUAGGAAACUUGCAAAUGGAGGGGAGAAUCUUUAUGUUCGAAUGCCUGCUUCGGAGUUAAACAACGAAGGCACGGAUCAUCGAUCUAAGUUCAAGGUUAUUAUAGCGACAGUUGCAUCUGGUGUUUGCCUUGUUUUAGUGCUCUUAGCCUUCUAUUGCAUUAGAAGAAAGGGGAGAAAACAGAAAGUAGAAAUGGGAAUCAUGGGUCAGAAGAAUGAUGAACAGAAUGAGGACCUAGAGCUACCACUAUAUAGUUUGUCCACAAUUAUGAAUGCCACUGAUAGCUUUUCGUCAAACAAGAAGCUCGGGGAAGGUGGUUUUGGACCAGUAUACAAGGGUAUAUUAAAAGAUGGCCAAGAGAUUGCAGUGAAGAGGCUCUCACAAACUUCCGGCCAAGGUGCUGCGGAGUUCAAAAAUGAAGUGAUACUCAUAGCAAAACUUCAGCACAGAAAUCUUGUAAAGCUCCUUGGUUGUUGCAUUGAGGGGGAAGAGAAAUUGCUGGUUUAUGAAUAUAUGUCCAACAGAAGCUUGGACUUCUACAUUUUUGAUCAAACCCAAGAUAGGCUGUUGGAUUGGUCUCAGCGAUUCCAAAUUUUUGAAGGUGUCGCAAGGGGUCUUCUCUAUUUGCAUCAGGAUUCCAGGCUGAGGAUUAUUCAUAGAGAUCUUAAAGCAAGCAAUGUGUUACUUGAUGAUGAGAUGAAACCAAAAAUCUCAGACUUUGGCAUGGCUAGGCUUUUUGGAGGAGAUGAGACUGAAGGAGUAACAAACAGAAUUGUUGGAACCUACGGUUACAUGGCACCGGAAUAUGCCAUUGACGGGCAGUUCUCUGUGAAAUCCGAUGUUUUCAGCUUUGGGAUUUUAUUGCUCGAGACAGUAACUGGAAAGAGAAGUAGAGGGUUUCAUAAUCCGAAAGACAACCUUAAUCUAGUUGGACACGUGUGGAGGAUGUGGAAAGAAGGAAGGUCCUUAGAGGCGAUUGACGAAUGCUUAAGGGAAUCAUGCAAUCUCUCAGAAGCAUUGCAUUGCAUACAUAUUGGUCUUUUAUGUGCUCAAGAGCUUCCUGAAGAUAGGCCAAUGAUGGCGUCGGUGAUUCUGAUGCUAGGUGGUGAGACUGCCUUGCCUCAACCUAAACGGCCAGGUCUAUAUGUCGGAAAAUAUUCAUCAUCUGAAGCAGAUUCAUCUUCAAGUAAGAAUCAAACAUUCUCGAGUACUAAUGAAUGUUCAAUAACCAUUGAAGCUCGAUAAUACUCAAGAUUCUCAAGUAGCAUCUAGCUUGUAAGUAGUGUUCAUCUGCGCGGACUAAGAAAGAGUACCUUCAAAGAUUAAAGAUCUCAGAAUGACCAACACUGUCUUUCCGCAUCCACUGAAAAUUAUGAUGGUACUGUAUAUUCAUAAGUCAUAACACAAGGAAAUACUAUGAUGUUCACAUCAAUCACAGGGCCAAGUUUUGCCUGUUAUUAUCAGGAGUGACUUUAUCAGAAGUC